CUGGCCUGCGCGCGGAUGGCGGCGGCGGCAGCGGCGGCAGCAAUGGCGGCGGCGGGCAGCGGCGGCGCCGGUGCUGCCCGAUCCCUCUCGCGCUUCCGAGGCUGCCUGGCUGGCGCGCUGCUCGGGGACUGCGUGGGCGCCAUCUACGAGGCACAGGAUACAGUCAGCCUGCCGUCCGUGCUGCGUCACGUGCAGAGCCUGGAGCCGGAGCCCGGCUCGCCUGGGAGCGCGCGGACAGAAACCUUAUGCUACACUGAUGACACAGCCAUGGCCAGGGCCCUUGUGCAGUCCCUGCUGGCCAAGGAGGCCUUUGAUGAGGUGGACAUGGCUCACAGGUUUGCCCAGGAGUACAAGAAAGACCCUGACAGAGGUUAUGGGGCCGGAGUGAUCACCGUCUUCAAGAAGCUUCUGAGCCCCAAGUGCUGCGAUGUCUAUGAGCCUGCCCGGGCCCAGUUCAAUGGGAAAGGCUCCUACGGCAAUGGAGGUGCUAUGCGGGUAGCCGGCAUCCCUCUGGCUUAUAGCAGUGUCCAGGAUGUGCAGAAGUUUGCCCGGCUCUCGGCGCAGCUGACCCACGCCUCCUCCCUGGGUUACAAUGGCGCAGUCCUGCAGGCUCUGGCUGUGCACCUGGCUCUGCAGGGUGAGUCCUCCAGUGAGCACUUCCUCGAGCAGCUCCUGGGCCACAUGGAGGAGCUGGAAGGGGAUGCCCAAGCCAUCCUGGAUGCCAGGGAGUUGGGUAUGGAGGAGCAUCCAUACUCCAGCCGACUGAAGAAGGUUGGAGAGCUUCUAGACCAGGAUUCUGUGACCCGAGAGGAAGUGGUGUCCGAGCUAGGGAAUGGCAUUGCUGCCUUUGAAUCUGUGCCCACUGCUAUCUACUGCUUCCUUCGCUGCAUGGAGCCUGACCCCGAGAUCCCCUCUGCUUUCAAUAACCUCCAAAGGACUCUCAUCUAUUCCAUCUCACUUGGCGGGGACACAGACACCAUUGCCACCAUGGCUGGCGCCAUUGCUGGUGCUUACUAUGGGAUGGAUCAGGUGCCAGAGAGCUGGCAGCAAAGUUGUGAGGGUUAUGAGGAGACCGACAUCCUGGCCCAGAGUCUGCACCGAGUCUUCCAGAAGAGUCUGUAAAGGCCACAGCUGCUGGGGCUCUGCCGUGUCCAGCAGGACCAACUCUAGCUCAGAUUGGAAACCAGAGGCCCUUCAGCUGGCUCUCCUGCUUCAGUCUCCCUGCAGUAUGGACCGAGUGCACCUUUGGGAGAGGUCACAGGAACAAGAAGCAAGGGACAGAUGCUUUCUUGGAAGUCAGGGUUCUGGCUUGCUGCAAGCCAUAGGGCACCCCUGGGGUCCUCAGAUAUGAGGGACCAGGACAGGUUUUAUUUUGGAGGGUGUUUUUGGCACUUUCUGUUUUUAUCUAGAACAUGGGACUUGGGGAGGUGGAAAUGAUUUGCAGUAGCAUCAUUUCUAUCUGUUGGGUUUUAGCCAAUUUCAGACAUCCUGCCCUUGACUGGGCAGAGCCCCCCAGUAGGUCAUUUGGAUCAAGGGAGACACCUGCUUCCAGUUGGUCUGUGUCCUGGUGUUUGGCUGUCACGGGGCUUGUUAGCAGCUUCCAGUGGAAGUCAUGCAAUAAACAGUUUUUAGCAAAUCCCAA